AUAGAUACAUCAUGACUGUUUUACAAACCUCAUUCAUCCAGCGUAUUGACCGCAAACAAAUUCGGGCUGGCAGGACAUUUUUCCGGCGUAUUGACAUGGGACCUCAUAAUACGAGCUAUCCACAAAGCGAAACGGUGAUUUGCACUCCACUACCAACUACCAAGUACCGGCUGGGUGACCGCAGAAAUUUAACAAGCUAUCAAGUCUGCAACUCCGGCAAUUUGGGAUGCCAAGCCAAAGCGUACAAAGACGUCUCGAGUUUUUCAAACGCAAACCGGCACCACACUUCAGCGAGAGCGGUUGGUUGGAACAGGGCACCCGCGCAAGGCCAAAAGAAAUCACAAAUCCGGACGCAUAAUCAUGAAUACAAACUUGGUUUGAAUUUAACCAGGAUGUUUGGCCCCAGUAUUUUGAUUUUAUGUGCGAGUUUCGCAUCCGUGUUCACAGCGGAUACGUCUAAAUAUGCAAGGAUUCAUCCUGCACGGUUCCUGCCUACUCCCGAGCAGUAUGAACAGGACCUGGCCGGCCAAAGAAGUAAGACAAAAGAAGCAGCGACAGCGAUGACCACCCCGCCUGUGGAGACUAGCACUCAUUAUCUCUGGGAAAUCGGCCGAAUAAUUUGCUGUCCAAAGCAGCCCUGGAACCAGGACUGCAAAUGCGAGGUCCCUAGUGGUUUGAGAAACCGUCUGCAAGUGCAAACGAUACACUGACUACCACUUUAUUGUAAUUAGUGUCGAUUGUCGAAUAUACUGCGUCUUUUAUUAACGGUGGU